UAUCACUCGUAUCACUCACUUUAUCGCACUUCCCGUCACCGUGAUUGAGGCUUGAGCUCCCAGGCUUAAGGUACCUUACCUUACCAGGUCGAUCUCCGCCCACUUCGUUCCGACACCGCUCCGUUUGCGGUUGCACCAUAGCCAAGUCUCCGGGAAACUCUUGCGCCCGCCGCCGGCCAUUGGUGAUUUGUAGCGGCGAACAACCUCUCCAGUUGAGACCUACAUCCUUUGAUCGAUGCUUGAGAGCCGUCAAAAACAACCAACCUUUCCAUAGGCUUGAAGCUCCGCCACCACCAUGCGUGUCUCUCAGCUCAUGACCUUGAGCUCUGUGCUCUCCUUUGCCGCCGCCUCUCGCAUCCAGCAGCCCAUCGGCGUCGAAUCUUCCCCGCCAACGCUUUACUCACCCUCAUCCGCCGCUCCGUCCUGGCGCGACGACCUCAUCUCUUUACAUCGGUCCCUCAUUGAGAUCCCCUCCAUCUCAGGCAAUGAGAGCGCCGCCGGGAAGUUCUUGGUCGAUUAUCUGACCGGCCGCGGCUAUGUCUCCUCUCUGCAAUUCCUGCCACCGCGCAACAACAACACGGAAGAGACCCCGAGGUUCAAUGUCCUGGCCUGGAAGACGAACCAACGCCAGCCCACACCUCGCGUUGUAGUCACUUCGCACUACGAUGUUGUGCCGCCUCAUAUUCCCUACGGCAUAUCCGAUGACAAAAUCACUCCCGACACUCGUAUUAGUGGAAGAGGAAGCGUUGACGCCAAGGCUAGUGUUGCAGCUCAGAUCAUUGCUCUCGAGGACCUGUUUGAGGCCGGCAAAGUCAACCCCGAAGAUGCCAUGCUCUUAUUUGUCAUUGGUGAGGAGGACACUGGCGAUGGAAUGCGUUUCUUUUCCGAUUCCCUCCAGGCAGCCGACCCGCCGGUGCAAUUUGAAUCCGUCAUCUUCGGAGAGCCUACGGAGAACAAGCUCGCUUGCGGUCACAAGGGCGGUGUCUUUUGCGAUAUCUCGGCCAAGGGCGUCGCCGGACACUCUGGCUACCCAUGGCUCGGCAAGUCGGCCAACGAAAUCAUGAUCAAGGCCCUUGCCAAGAUUAUCACGACAGAUCUCGGAAGCACUGACAAGUGGGGCAACACCACCGUCAAUGUCGGCCAGUUCAACGGCGGCGUUGCUCAGAAUGUCAUUCCUGCCUCUGCUCUGGCAAGGAUCGCGGUUCGGGUUGCCAUUGGCCCCGAAAAGGACGGCGGCAACAUUGUCAAACAGAGAAUCCAGAAGAUUCUCGACGAAACCGAUGCCGAGUCCCUUGAGUUGACCUGCACUCACGGAUAUGGCGUGGUGGAGGCCAACUGUGACGUUGAUGGAUUUGAUACCCUUGUGGCCAACUAUGGAACUGACAUUCCUAACCUCAAGGGCUCGCACACUCGCUACCUCUAUGGACCAGGCACGAUUUUGGUUGCACAUGGCCGUAACGAAAACAUCACCGUUGCCGAGCUUGAGGAAUCCGUGGGAGGUUACCAAAAGUUGAUCCUGCAUGCUCUCAAGGACUCUGCUUAGUAUCAUGCGACAAUCUUGAAGCAGUGUCCUGCUAAUACGCUAUAUCCCCUAUAGACAAAAUUCAAUUUUGAACAUACAUCGGGCUCCAGCUCCAGCUCCAGCUCCGGUCUCUAACGCAAAACAAAUAUCAUCAUCAUCUAUGCUUGAAAGGAGAGAUUCCCAUCACUGGGCGACCACCUGCGCCCAUCUCUCGGGCAUGAUGUGACGGAAAUCAAAUUGACCCUCAGCGUUCUUGACAACAGCACCUUUCUCCGUAACAACAGCAUCGAUCAGGUCGUGCGGAGUUACAUCAAAAGCAGGGUUCCAGACGUUAAUGCGCUGGUCCGCCGUCGCCACACGCGCUGUACGAGCGAUGUCGACGUUGCCAUCAGCCUGGACGAUGGCACCGGAAAUCUGCGUGAGCUCCUCCCCCUUGCGUUCCUCAAUCUUGAUGCCGGCGCCGGUCUGGGUCUCGAGGUCGAUGCUGGUGGUGGGAGCCGCGACAAUGAACUUGACGCCGUGAUGCUUGGCCAAGACGGCGAGCUGGUAGGUUCCAAUCUUGUUGGCAGUGUCACCGUUGCGAACGACACGGUCGGCACCUACAAUGACAGCGGCAAUGUUCAUCUUGUCCUUUUGCAAGUUGAACAGCGCGGCAGCCAUGGAGUCUGUGAUGAGAGUGCUAGGGAUCUUCUCGUAAACAAGCUCGAAGGCGGUCAGCCUGCUACCCUGGUUGUAGGGCCUUGUCUCGGUGCAGUAGGCGUGCUUCAGAAGGUUGUUGGACCAGAGUGUUCUGAUGAUACCGAGGGCGGUUCCAUGACCGGAUGUUGCCAGAGAGCCGGUGUUGCAGUGGGUGAGCACAGAUACCUUGGCAUCAGGUGAAGCACCAGCGACCUCUCUCAACCAUUGCGCUCCAUGGUCACCAAUAGACAGGUUGGUCUGGAGGUCUUUUUGCAGAAUCUUCUCGGCUUCCUCAAUGUAUGCAGCAAUGACCGUUUUGGAAUCAUCCUGAGGCGCGCUCCUAAUGCGGGCCUUCAGUUGAUUGAUAGCAUUGGUCAAGUCGACAGCAGUCGGUCUGCUUUCCUUGAGGUAAUCCAAACGCGAGUCGAUGUAAGUGACGGUAUCCUGCGAUGAAGAGGCGGUGCAGCUGCCGUUGUGUAGCUCAACAGCGUGGGCGAGGGCGGCGACAAUAGCAAUGGCGGGGGCACCACGAACUCUCAUCGACUUGAUGCAGUCAAAGGCCUCCUCGCUGGUGGACACCUCAUCGUAGUGGAAUUCAUGAGGCAGUCUCAGUUGGUCCAGGACUUCGAGACGACCCCGAGUGUAUUUGACGGCUUGGAGUCCAGACAUGGUGAAAACAGAGAAAUGAUGAUAAUGCUGUUGGAGGAAGGAAUAAAGCCAAAUUCCUUCAAGAAAUAUCGGGCACUCUAUCGCUUCCUGAUCCAAGGCAGAGGAGGGGCAUUUCUCCC